AGGCUCAUGGACGACACAGAACAGCACCUGACUCGAAUGGAGCAGGACAUGAAGGACAGAGUCCAGCACUUCAUCGCCACGCUGCGAGCGUUAACUCGCACUCAGUGUGACACCAACGUGUCUGCGAUCCAGAAGAACAUCUCCAGGAUCGGUCAGGACCAGGCCCGUCUGCAGGAAGUCCGCUGCGGCAUCGAAGGCCUCCUGCAUGAGAGCGACCCGUUCCGCUUCAUCGAGACAUAUAAGACAACUGGAAAACAGUGCCGCCGGCAGCUGAAGAAGGACAUGUUCUACCCGGAGUACGUGGAAGUGGAGACGGAGAUUCUUGGAAUAAAGAUGGAGGAGGAGAUGGAGAAAUUCCUGGAUGAAUUUCCCUGUCAGAUUGUUACCACCAUCAAUUUAAUGUGUCAACUGUCAGAUCCUGAGGAAGAGGAGGAGCAUGAAGAUAACGAGGAAGCAGCUCCCGAGGACGACAGUGAUGAUGAAGACGACGACCUCGACGACAGCAGCGAGGAGGAAAUGAGGAGUGAAGGCGAGGAGGAGGAAGAGGAGGAGGAGGAGGAGGAGGAGGAGGAGGGGCUAGGUGAUCAAACUGCCGAUUGA